CCAAAAGAGAAGAGGAAAAAAAAAAAAAAAAGAAGAAGAAACAAAACAAAUUCUCUUUGUUAAACAAACCGUACCUUUUGAUACUCAAUUAUUUAAUCUUAAAAUGAACAACUCUAUACUAAUUACGUCCAAUAUUAUCAAAUCAUUCGAACCAUUCAAACAACUGACUUUACUAUCGCGUGUCUUGUAAACUGCCGAGCUAAGUUUUUACGUAAUAAAAACCUUCACGUGAACCUUCGCAUUUUUUUUUUUUCUUUUUUUUAUUCCCCACUCGAAAUAGAACAUUCAUUCGUGCAGGUACGAUCGCAUCGUACACACAAUCGCUCGGUCCUUACUAAAGCCUUCAUUUCAUUUUAUCUUAUCAACGGACAUUGUCCGUGUCGGUGUCGACAUUGUCGUCCACGUCGCGAUCGUUCGUUUUCCUUUGCCGACGACACCCUUGAGAAGGAUCAUAUCUAUAUAUGAUCUUUACGUGAUCGGCAUCAGUAUCGUAUUGUUAGAUACGUGUUCAUUCAAAGUUUCUGCUAUUGAAAGAAGAAUGGAUAAACAGACUAUCCAGAAUGGGACGUCGAAGUUGCAAUGGCAUGACUAUAUAAUCAUUGGUAUAGUCCUACUAAUCUCUGCCAGCAUUGGGAUCUAUUAUCGAUUCACAGGCGGUCGACAACAAACUACCGAGGAAUACUUCUCAGCCGAUCGAUCCAUGAAGAUUUUGCCAUUGGGGAUAGCCAUGACAGUUUCCUUCAUAUCCGCGAUUACGAUCCUUGGAAUCAGCGCGGAAAUCUACGUCCAUGGCACGAUGUUCACCGUACUUUCCCUUGGCUUCAUUGUUGGAGCGCCUAUCGCCAUGUACUGCUACCUACCAGUCUUCUUCGAGUUGAAAGUCAUAAGCGUCUUCGAGUAUAUAGAGAGAAGAUUUGGAAUAAAGAUUCGUUUAUUGGCCAGCAUCGCAAACUUCUGCCAUAUGACUUUACACACGGGAAUCGUUCUUUACGCUCCCUCAAUAGCCCUAGAGGCAACCACCGGCUUGUCCAGUACCUUAAGUAUCAUCUUAAUCGGCAUAAUCUGUACGUUCUAUUCAACGAUUGGUGGGAUGAAGGCUGUCUUAAUAAGUGACGUUUUCCAAGGCCUACUUAUGUUCCUAUCGACAUUGUGCAUUGUUGGGAUCGGUUCCAGUAUCCUACCAAAUGGAAUUUAUGAUGUUUGGGAUAGAGCUAUGAGAGGUGAUCGUAUAAAUUUGAACGUGUUCACUUUGGAUCUUACUAUACGUCAUACAUGGUGGGGUCUAUUAUUUGGCGGAACUUGCAUGUUUCUUACACUUUUUGCCGUUGGUCAGGUCCAGGUCCAACGUCUUUUGACUGUCAAAAACUUGAGAGCUUCCCAGAUGGCCCUAAUAUUGAGUGCUAUAAUAAUGUUUACCCUGAUAAUGACCACAAUCUUCGCAGGCCUCGUUAUGUAUGCUGUUUACAUGGAUUGCGAUCCAAUGAAGUCUGGAAAAAUAUCAUCGACCGAUAAACUCAUGCCAUAUUUUGUAAUUGACAAAUUGUCUUAUAUACCUGGCUUCACGGGGCUCUUCAUUUCCGGAGUCUUCAGUGCAAGCUUAAGCACGAUCUCGGCAAUGUUGAAUUCACUUGCCGCACUUGCCAUCGAGGAUUAUAUAAAACCGAUUUAUUCGAAAAUUGGUGCUACAUUUCCAAAAGAAAAAGCAACACUUUUGGGUAAACUACUUGCCGUUUUAAAUGGAAUAGUCUGUAUCUCUAUCGCCCUGAUAGCUGGAAAACUCGGUAGCUUAAUCGAGGCGGUGAUUGGAUUGAUAGGAAUAAUUGGUGGUCCUUUAUUGGGUAUCUUCACAUUUGGAAUGUUUUUCGAAAGUGCCAAUGAAAUUGGUGCAAUCGUUGGAAUGAUUUUCACUGUGAUUACGUUAGGUUUUAUAUCUUACGGUUCGAAAGUGACUAUAACGACAUUGCCAAUGUCCAUUGAUGGUUGUGAGAAUGGAACGUUACUGAUGUUGAAUGAGACAAUUGGAUUAAACUCGACGAUCAGUAACAAUUCGGACGUUCCAUAUAUAAAUCGAAUAUCGUAUUCUUGGUAUCCAGUGAUUGGAAUGUUAUUAACAAUUAUCGUGGGAUAUUUGACCAGUUUAAUAACAAACAAUUGUAUUGGCAAUACACGUGAUUGUAUUGAUCCUAAUCUCUUUACACCGUUUAUUGCGGCUAGGAUCAAAAAGAGACGUCAAAAUGAACAAAGGGUGACAUCCAGUCAGAUGUUCGUUUUAGAACCGAGUUAUAGAAAAUAAAAUGGAAUUAAUUUAAAUAAAGUGACACGUUAUUACUUACAUAUGUAUAAACGAAUUAGAAGUAUUGUGUUCAUAAAUUAUAAAUAAUAUCGAUGUCAAUUUGUAAAUACCGAUUAAGGUCAUCGUAAUUGUUAAAUUUCCGAAGUGAGAUUUUCUCUCACGAAGGAGAAAAGAACAUGAAAAAAAAGGGAGAAAAAAGAAAGAAAAAAAAAAAAGAGAGAAAAAGAACAAAGGAAGGAAGAAAAAGAAAUAAACAAAAAGAAAA